UAGCCAUAGCAUAUGCCGGAACUGUCCAGAAAAUGAAGACGAGCUUAACAGAUGAUGUGCAACAUGUAUUGAUGGACAAAUUGUGCAUUAUAGGUAGGGGCUGGAAUUUAGAGGGAAUCUUAGGAAAGGGAGAAACAUCGAAGAAUGUAGCCAUAGGCGCUAAUGGGUUCACUUCAGGGAAUAGGGUUAAAAGUUGUAAGGCAAUUUAUUUGUUUAUUGACUUUUUUCCCAUUUCCCACAACUUGAUAUGAAUAUACAUAUACAGACUUGGAAAAAAAUAUUAGACCACUUUGUUUAUUCAGUUUCUUGUUCAUUUUAAUGCCUGGUACAACUAAAGGUGCAGUCGUUUGAACAAAUAGAACGAUGACCACAAAAAUAGCUCAUAUAAGUAUUUUUUUUGGAAAUAUCAUGUGAUGAUUAUUCAUGUUAGAAUAUAAGUGAUGUAGGCAAAAUCAGGAAAACCAUAGAAAUUCCUAGAUAUCAUCUCUUCAAUGAAACUCUUAUGAGCUAUGUAUGUUAGCAUUAUAACAUCUGUCUAAACAAAUGUACCUUUAGUUGUAUCGGGCAUUAAAGUAAACAAAUAAAGUGAAGAAACAAGGCUGGUGUAAUAAUUUUUCCAUGACUGUGUAUGUUUGGGUUUGUGUGUGUAUGUACAGUACAUACAAUGUGAAGGCUACCCCCUCCGGAGCAGUAGGUGGCGGUAUGCACCUAAAACGUUGGCUGCGACCCGCCAUAAACAGGAAGAAGGGGAGAAAAAAAUGAAGUUGCGUUUAAAUGGAAUAGUUGGCUUCACCAGCAACAAACACGUUUUGGAUUAUAACACAGAAAGGAAAAUAAUCACGAAAUAUUUCGAAGAAAGUGGACUAUGGUCGAGAAUGUAGUGGUGUGGAAGUAUCGCCGGGACUGGUAAUGCAUUACAAAGGCUGCUAACUGCCGUUAGAACACAAGACGCACCACAUAGGACCACCACGUUUGUAUGUCCCAGUUCAUGUCCCAGGACCUGUGAUUAUCACCCAAAUUGUACAAACAGCAUGUCCCAGGUGCCAAAUAAUCUCGGUUGGAUUCAACCGGACAUCCUUGCUGACGCCAUUUCAGCGGAGUCGUGCCACAUUGUUCUGGAAAAGUCCCCUCCUGACUAUGUGAAGAAAAUAUCAGAGUAUCUGGAUUGCAGCCACAAUCCAGUUUCUGAUGAUGGUCCUACUGAACGAGACAGUGAUUCCGGAGACAGCCUGUUUUUAACGCAGAAGCCAGUGCCCAAGCCUGUGAGGACCAUCAGGCGCCCAAAAUCAUCACAGCACGUAUUUUGCACCGAGCUAGAAGACAGCGGGGGCGACUCUUCCUCCUCUCACGGUGAUGAUGCCCAAAAGACCAGCAAGAAGAAAAAGAAGUUUAAGUCAGAGCUGCCAAAAUACAACUUUCCUUUUCUCCAAGAGAGAAAAAGGAAGUCCACCCUAAAGAAUAUCAAACUUAAUAAUUAUGUCACGGGGGGCUUCUUUAAAUGUGUACAACUCUGGCAGGAUGCAAGUAAUUCCCACGCAGCAUUACCAACAGUUGACCAAGAUGGAGAAGACAUAUUGCCACUCACAGAAGAUGAGGAAGAUGAGAAAUUUGGAGACGAGGACAUCAAAGUGGUGGAAAGGAAGUGUUUUCUGGUCAAAUCCAAAACUCAGUCCCCGCUACUUUGGUACACACCAAGGCCGUGUACCCAGAAGGGGAAACAUCAGCAAGAGAACGGAGCUGCUUUUAAACGAAGCCAGAGCAGUGAGAAAAUGUCAGCCGGGCUGUCUUUGACUAAAGAGGAAACCAGCGCUGGGGCUUCCUCUACCGGGAAUAAUGAACUCAAGCAAACCCAAACAGCCAAGGAAAGUGGAUGUCUAAGCAGAAUAAGUAAGAGGAUUCUUUUCCCAGACAAAUCCGAACUUUGUGAUGCCACAAACUUUGCUGGAAAUGAGCCAGUCCGUCAAGAGGAAAGCCAAGUGGACACUUUGUCUAAUGAGCAAGCGUUACGGGAGAGACAACAUCCUCUCAGUGAAAUGAAUGAUGUAAACAACGCAGGGGAUGAAGAAGAAGGAGCUGAUUUACUGUCCAGACAGGGAGACGGUGGGCAUGUAAAUACAUCUGCCCUGCCAGCCCGUCAUAAAGCAGCGCUUCAUGAAAACAACGAGAUGGAGAAGCUGUCAGAAGAUGCUGGUGACUUCACCUCAAUAAAACAAAAGAGAAAGAAGAGAAGGAAGAAGAUUCAGGAAGAACAAGACGCAAACUCGCAUGACCUCAGCUUGAAAGACGCUUCGGUGUUGGCUGUCGCGGUGGAGAGCGGGGAACACAAAAGCAAGAAACGGAAAAAAAGCAAAAGAGAAGCGGAGGAGAAGGAUGGCGUUGAAGACUUCUCUUCCUGCACGGCCAGCGAAACUCAGAGCAGCGAGAGGCCGAGAAAAAAGAAGAAAAAGCAAUCGCAUGAAACGUCAGCGGAGAGUUUAGACGUGACCGCGGCGUCUGCCAAGAGAAAAAAGAAAAAGCGCCGCCGUGAUUCAACUCAAGAAGAUGAUACAAGUGAGAAACCCUGCAGCGAUGACGCACCUUUCAUUGGAGGUGUGAAAAAAAAGAAGAAGAAGAAGAAGAAGGAAGUCUCUCCCUGUGCAUCUGAUGAGGCAUGUCUCCUUAACUCUCCAGACCAGACUCAAAAUGUUGCUGACAAAACACACGAGAUGACCCAACACAAAGAUGCUGAACCACUAACCAAGAAAAAGAAGAAGAAGAAGAAGAAAAAAUCGAGUAGACAUAUCUCAGAAGAAUGUGACUGAAGGUGAUGACCCCUUCCCUCCUUCCUUUCCUCUUUCCUUGGUGCUGAUGCCAAGGAAACCAGUGAUUUCAAAGCAGACUCUCUCCAUAGCAUAAUGGAGAAGAAAGGUCAGCUGACCACCAGGAUGCAGAUGGUGGUGAUGUGCGAUACCACUGAUUUACGGGCUGGUAUCCAUGAUACCGAUACUUAAUGUAGUUAUUCAUUUCAUGUCAUUAAUUACUGUAUUACAUUAAUGCAACUAUUAAUUACUUUCAAUAAUUCAAGUAAAUUAUUAAGUAAUGGAUUGAUUUAUUUUAAACCCUGAAGCAUAUUUAGGGUGCGGAGUAAUUUAAAUAUAGCCAAGCUAAUACACAACAGAAAAAAACAGGACAAAUGAUAUAUUGUAAAAUUCUUAAUUAUUAUUAAGAAGUACUAUAAUAAUAGACACAUGGCUCUGUUGACAAUCAGCCAUCGUUGCAACAAACAUUACCUCAGAUGACUGGAGCAUCGAUAUUUUGAUAUGAGAAUCAAUGUUAGAGCAUUAAGGGCCGGCAUCGGACGUAUCUAUUUCAGUAUCGAUCUGCACAUCGCUAGUUGAGGGGAAGCAUGGUGUCUUGAGUGCUUUGCCUGAAAGCGUUGCCGCUUGUUUGGAACGCUGGCAGCCUGACGAGGCCGUGCUGAGAAUGAAAAUGAAGACCAAUCAUGAGCAUCCACGAGGAAAGCCAAGCUGUUUGACAGAUCACAUCAUCCCGGAAUGAAAAUCCCAAUGCUGAAAGCUCUCAUGGUGGCCGCGCGUCUUAUCGGGGAAAAACCAAGCGGGCCCGAAGAGCAGACGCAGCCGUUAAGUGAUUGAACACAUGAGGCGAAGCAAAGAAAAAAACAGUACAUUAUGGACACCGCACUUAACGGUGAGAUGAGGUCAGCUGAGGCUGAUAAACACACAUUUGUAACCUUUCAGUCAGGGCCAGCAAAGCCUUCUCUGCUGGCCUAAACAAGAUCAGAAGCACUGACGCACAUUCCCAACUCCAAUUUUAGGAGUUCCAUUAUUUCAGCUUCUGCCAUGUCAAAUCUAAUCCCAGGCCCAGGGCCUUCAGAGUGGGUAUUGCUGGCCCGUGUCACUUGAACAAUACUGGCAAUGAGACUGUUUCUUUUGCUGGUUGGAUUUGCACCCAGUAAUUCCAACAGGGAUAGGCUCCAGCACCCCUUCCGACCCUCGUGAGGAUAAGCGGUAGAAAAUGAAUGAUAAGAGGAGUAGUUGACUUGGUGUCAGACGUUCUUAAAAAUCCAUUUUAAAGGCAGACUUUUCCAGACAAAAAUCCUUAGGGAGAGGUCGGCCAACCCCGAAGCUAGCUGGCUAGCUGGUCUCAGCCCGCGAAAGACUUUGAUUGCCACUUUCAGAAUCAGUGCCUUUGAGAAGACUCUCAUGAAUGUUGAUGUUUUUGUCAUGUGAUGAUGUGUUUUUUGGGGGUUUUGGGACCCCCACAGGGUGAGUGUGGAUUGCAGAAUGAAUGAACAUGCUAAUAUGCAUUUGUGUAUUUCUUUUUUGUGCUUUAAAUACAGGGGGAAUGACUUUGUAUCACAAGUCAGUUCACUCAGCAUUUUCCAGCAGGAAGAUAGUGAUAACGGCACAUUCUGUAAGUGCAAUACUGUAUACUACAUUCCUGUUAUUUCUUCUUAGUGUGUAAAACUCAAUUUAAAAUAUGUUUAAUAACUGUGAGAGGCAUAUUUUUUUUAGGUUAAAGUUUUUAAAAAAAUAGGCAUUUAAGGGUGUUAUGGGUGCG